AGCAGAUGUGAUAUUUGAUAUUUGAUAUAGUUACGACUGUGUUUUCCUCAAGUCUGCAUUUGGACUUCAGCAGCACCACGAGCCGCGCGACAUCUUCAGCAUAAACCCCUGAUGCUGCAGUCUUUUGCAGCAAAACAAAAAAAGGUUUGAAGUGUCGCUUUAUUUCGUGAAAAUGUCCGAGAAAGUUGUGUUGCGUUACUUCAAUGGAAGAGGAAAAAUGGAGUCGAUCCGGUGGCUUUUGGCUGCAGCUGGAGUCCAGUUUGAGGAAGUGUUUUUGACCAAACGGGAGGAGUAUGAAAAACUGCUCAAUGUUUUAAUGAAGAUAAAGGUAAUUUAUCUGAUAACAAUGCAUGCCCUUCUUCAAGCACUGUAUAACCUUUCAUUUGUUUUGCAGGCGUCUCAAGAGAAAAUAAAGGCCUUACCAACGAUCAGCAAGUUUCUCCAGCCUGGCAGUGCAAGAAAACCUCCACCCGAUGAGGUGUAUGUGAAAACCGUGAUGGCGGUGUUGAGCCACCUUUUUAAGCAGGAGGCCCAAUGAAUUCAAAACCGUUAGAUCGAUUUA